CCGAAAAGAAAGUUAAAGUGUGACUUGCACGCAAAAAAUGCUCAGUUAACAUAACGCCGUUGGUUGUGAACGUUGAAAAGAAACGAAAAAGAAAAGAGGAAGAUUUAAAAUGUCGUACAAAGACAAUACAGAAAUCAAUUUAUUUCGGGAAUAUCUUCGAAUACCUAGCGUUCAUCCCAACGUAAACUAUGAACCAUGCGUAACGUUUUUACGACGACUGGCUAACGAACUUCAUCUUACCUUUGCUGUGUAUCACCCAGCCCAUCCAAAAAAGCCAGUCGUUGCAAUGUCGUGGGUUGGUUCCUCUCCGACUCUCCCAUCCAUACUUCUCAACUCACACAUGGAUGUUGUGCCAGUUUUCUCUGAAUAUUGGACACAUAAACCGUUUGACGCGGAAAUGGACGAUGAUGGUAAAAUUUUUGCCCGAGGAGCACAAGAUAUGAAAUGCGUUGGCAUGCAAUAUUUGAGCGCCAUAAAAAGACUUAAAGACCGGAGAAUAGUGUUGAGAAGAACAGUGCACGUGCUGUUUGUGCCUGACGAGGAAAUCGGUGGUGAGGAUGGAAUGAAGAAAUUUGUGACGACUGAUGAAUUUCGUUCGUUGAACGUUGGCUUUUCAUUGGACGAAGGCUUGGCCUCACCAACUGAAGAAUUUCCGGUCUAUUAUGCUGAACGUUCGGUAUGGCGAAUCCAUUUCAAAUGCCCUGGAACUCCUGGUCACGGGUCGUUGUUGCACAAGAAUACUGCAGGUGAAAAAAUUCGUGUCAUCAUCGAUCGCAUGAUGGACUUUCGCGAACAAGAGGUUCGGAAAUUGGACAACAAUCCCGAUCUGACGAUUGGUGAUGUAACAACGGUCAAUUUGACCAUGAUCAGCGGUGGCAUUCAAACCAAUGUUGUUCCACCUCUGCUUAUCGUAGGAUUUGAUGUUCGUCUAGCGAUUACGCAAAGUCAUGACGAAUUCGAAGCUCUGGUCAAUCGUUGGUGCGAAGAAGCUGGCGGAGACAUUGAUAUUUUCUACGAAUCAAAGAAACCAAAAGUGGAACCGACAAAAAUGGAUAACGAAAACCCUUUUUGGGUGGCCUUUAAACACUGCAUUUGUGACGAACUGAACCUGAAAAUCAACCCCCUAAUAUUUCCAGGCAGAACGGAUAGCUGCUUCAUUCGUGGAAUGGGCAUUCCUGCACUAGGCUUUUCACCCAUGAACAAUACACCUGUCCUUUUACACGAUCACGAUGAGUUCAUUAGCGCAGACACAUAUUUGAAAGGAAUCGAUAUUUACGAGAAAUUAAUACCAAGUGUGGCCAAUUGCAUUGGUAUGGACAACACCAUCAACCCAUAGGACAGAAUACGCUGCGGAACAAAUGCAGCUUGAGCUCGAGAAAUACAGAAAUGUUUACAACUUUAGCGAUCAGUUGAAAAUAGU